AUGCAGGGCCAGCCAGACGACGGCGUUGCGUUUCGCGCUCGGCCGGACCAUGUCCACCGCACCUGGGCGCGCACCUUUUCCUCGAGGCCGGAGCUCUACAUCCAGCCGCAGACGCUCGCCGAGGUGGAAAAGGUGGUCAAUCUGGCGCGGCUUUGCCGCCGGCGCAUCGUCACCACGGGCUGCGGCCACUCGCCGUCGCACAUCACCUGCACCUCGAGCUGGAUGGUGAACCUGGACCACUUCAACCAGAUCCGCUCCGUCGACGCGGACAAGGGCAUCGUGGUCAUGGACAGCGGCAUCCGCCUGUACGCGCUGUGCGAGGCGCUUGAGGGCCACGGCCUUGCCAUGCCCAACCUCGGCAGCAUCAACGAGCAGUCGAUCGCGGGCGCCAUCUCGACGGGCACGCACGGCAGCAGCGCCGCCCACGGCCUCAUGUCCGAGGACAUUCUGGCGCUCAAAAUCACGCUCGCCAGCGGCAAGACCGAGGCUUGCUCCGCGACGGUGAAUCCCGACCUGUUUCGCGCGGCGCUGCUGUCGCUCGGCGCACUCGGCAUCAUCACCGAGGUCACGCUGCGCGCUGUGCCCGCCUUUACCCUCCGCUGGCAGCAGACAAUCGACGCUGACCGCAAGAUGCUAGAUUCGUGGAACAGCACGCUGUGGAAGCAGACCGAGUUUGUGCGCGUGUGGUGGUUCCCGUUCACCCGCCGCGCCGUUGUCUGGAAGGCCGAGAAGACCGACGAGCCGCAUCGCGACCCGCCUGUGAGCUACUACGAUGGCUCGCUGGGCUAUUACGUCUACCAUAACCUGCUCUACGUCGCGCAAUUUGUGCCGCGCAUCUUGCCUUGGGUCGAGUGGUUCGUCUUUGGCAUGCAGUACGGCUUUGCCAACGGCUCGACCACGAGCGCCGUGCAGCCCAGCCGCAAGGCGCUGCUCAUGAACUGCCUGUACUCGCAGUUUGUCAACGAGUGGGCGAUUCCCCUGGCCAGGGGCCCCGAGGCUCUGCGCCGUCUGAGCUCCUGGAUCAAUCACCUCACGCCUGACGACCCCGACUACGUCCCGCACAACAUUCCCUUUUCCGCCGACGGCCUGUACGUGCACGCGCCGGUUGAGGUGCGCGUCAGCGACACCAGCCUCACAACCAACGCGCGCCCUUUUCUCGACCCGACUGUGGAGGACGGCCCGACGCUCUAUCUCAAUGCGACGCUGUAUCGCCCGUACUGGAGCGAUCCGCCGUGCCGCGCGCGCUACUACGAGGCGUUUGAGUGGCUGAUGAAGGACAUGGGCGGACGGCCGCACUGGGCCAAGAACUUUGACACCAAGCAGGCCGAUAUUCAGGCCUUUUAUGGUGACACCCUUGAAAAGUUCCGACGCGUGCGCGACGAGGCGGACCCGGAGGGCAUGUUCGUCGGCGCCUGGCAUAGAGAAAAGAUUCUCGCCAGCGGAGAUAAGCUGGCUCUUGAGGAGACUGAAUCGUCUAGAGAAAAGGCUACGAGCGGUGGAUUGAUGACUUAUGGGAGAAUAUAG